CGCGAGACCUUCAUUUUUUGAAAGUUCAACCUACAGACACCACACCUCGAACCGUUCAACUGGACAUUGGUAAUGGGUAUUAUUAUCCGCCUUUCUUUGGAUCCUGCGACCGGAUAACGGGACGCCAGCUCUGCCUUGCACUCAGGGCCACUCUUUCACCAAUCUACGUACAUACACGGCAGCAUGCUGGUUGAGUGGGCCGUGGUCGCUGCGGCGGCCACGGCUGUGUCCGCCGUCUCUCCUUGGUCUUCCCUCCCUUUCAAACCGAAAGAUGGCGCCAGGGGCAACGACAACCGCCCGCCGCUCUCGGACGACCGCGUGUUCCACGACAUGUUGACGGCUUUGAGCGACCUGCAGGACGCCUACUUCCAGCGCUGGGUUGGGACGUGGCCCGAGGGUAUCGACUGGACGCGCGCUGUUACGAGCACCCACGUGGCCGCCACGCUGCGCGUCAUCUCGGACGCCCUCGAGCUCAGCCUGCCCGACCCGCCCGGCGAGUGCGCGGUCCGCAAGGCGGAGGUCAUAUCGGGCUACUUCGCCGACGUGAUCGCCUACUACUUCGCCGAGGACGCCUUCGCUAUCCGCAACCAGGCCUACGACGACAUGCUCUGGGUCGUGCUGGGCUGGCUCGAGUCGAUCCAGUUCGUCGACGAGCACGGCCGGCUCGCCUCCCGCAUGGCCUCCGUAGGGCUGCAGCGCACUCUGCCCGGGGCCUGCGAGACGUGGUACGGCAGCGGCUGGACGCCCGCCUUCGCCCACCGCGCCAGGGUCUUCUGGGAGCUGGCCGCCAAGGGCUGGGACACGACGCUGUGCGGCGGCGGCAUGCUGUGGAACCCGGGGCUGAUGCCGUACAAGAACGCCGUGACCAACCAGCUGUUCAUCUCCGCCUCCGUCGGCAUGUACUUGCACUUUCCGGGCGACAGCAACCCGUCGCCCUUCGGCUUCGGCACGCCGCUCGAGCCGCACGACCCGGCCUUCCUCCGCGCGGCCCGCGACGCCCACGCCUGGCUGGCCGCGUCCAACAUGACCAACGCGCAGGGCCUCUACGCCGACGGCUUCCACAUCUCGGGCCGCAACGGCAGCACACGCUGCGACCUCCGCGACGAGAUGGUCUACACGUACAACCAGGGCAUCAUCCUGUCGGGCCUGCUGGGCCUGUUCCGUGCCACCGGCGAGCCGCGCUUCCUGCGCGAGGGCCACGCGCUGGUCGAGAACGUCGUGCGCGCCACCGGGUGGGAUCUCGAGCGCGACGCACCGAUGGACGCUCUCGAGUUUGAUUUCACCACAGACCCCGGCUCCCGCGUCACUUCCGGUUCCGGUUCCGGCCCCAGGCCUGGCUUCGGAUUCAGACAGCAGACGACGAAGACAAAGACGAAGAAGGACCAGAAAAAGACGACUAGCACGAAGCCCCCGCGCCCGCCGCGGCUGCCCCCGUGGCGCGGACUCGGCCGCGCGGGCGUGCUCGAGGAGGCGUGCGACGCGUCGGGCACCUGCUCGCAGGACGCGCAGACGUUCAAGGGCAUCUGGAUGCACCACUUUGCGGCGUUUUGCGCGCCCGACGCGCUGCGGCCGCGCGCCGGUCCCAGCGCCGCCACCACCACCACCACCUCCUCCUCCUCCUCCUCCGCCACCACCAACACCACCAACACCGCCCCAGCAGCAGCAACAGCAACAACAGCAGCAACAGCAGCAGCACAACCAGCCCCAGAUUUUCACGCAACCGCCUGCCGCCGCUACCUCCCCUGGCUGCGGCACAACGCGCGCGCGGCGCUGCAGACCCGCGACGCGCGCGGGCUGUUCGGCAUGUGGUGGACCGCGGGACUGCUGCUGCCGCAGAACCACGGCCAGGACCACGGCCAGGACCACGACCAUUACGACCACGACCACGACUACGAUGGCCUCGAUGGCCUCGACGAUGGCGACGCGGGGCGCGGGGAGGCGCUGGCGCUGGCGUUGGAUUUGUAUUUGGAGGAGCUAGCGCGGGAGCGAGAGUGGGAGCGGGAGGGGGGAAGGGAGGAGGGGGGCCAGGUGGUGGAUUAUCGGAACUGGGGCGUGCCGAGGGAUGCGGUGUGGAUGAAGCUUGCUGAUGCGGAUCAGCAUAGCGACGAUCAUGAUGAUGGCGGUGGUAGUGGCAGUGGUAGUGGUAGUGGUGGUAGAAGCAGUGGCGGCGGUGAUGCUGGUGCUGGCGCAGGUGGGCAGGGCCAGAAGCCCUUGGGCGGCACCGGCGGCCGUCACGGCCAGGUUGCUGCGGGGAGGGCCGCCGCGGGUAAUGAUGACAAUAACCUGGGGAAGAGGGGGGAGCAGGAGGUCCUGGGCGCCGCCGCCGGCGCAUCCGACCCGAACCUUCGCGGGCGGGGGCGCACGGUGGAGACGCAGGGCGGCGGGCUCGCGCUGCUGCGGGCGCUGUGGGUGGUUUCGAGACAUGAGUUAUGACGGGCGGCGUUGCUGGGCUUUCUUUGCACUUUGCGUGGCUGGCAUGGUUGGUUAGAAGGCGCUUGCUUGAACGCACCUGGGAUUGUUUAUGGUUAGGCUGGCAUUCCUGUUGUUAUUCGCUCAC